GUGAGCCAAGAUACAGUGCAUAUUGAACAAUGAUCGAAGAACUGUAUAGCUGCUUUCAAAUUGUUUUAGAAGAAUAUAACGCUUUAUCAAGAUCUCCGGAAUUGCUUCCUCCAACAAGAUGGACUGGUUUUCCUGGUCGCCCUCAAUAUGACAUCACUUUUUUGCAAAUCUCUCACUGCAUUUCAAUUGGAAUGAACUGGAAACAGAUAGCCUCUACUUUUGGUAUUAACCAUCGAACUCUCUACAGACACAGACAAAGCUUGGGAAUCCAACCUUUACAAUACAYUGUGCUGACAGACCAAGAGUUAAAUACAAUUGUGACUGAUAUUCUACAAAGGACUCCAAAUGCUGGUGAAACUUAUGUGCUUGGGAGCCUUGCAUCUAGAGAAAUACGAGUUCAGCGCUGGCGUGUUAGACAGUGUCUACAGGCGGUCGAUCCAGUUGGCCGAUCAUUUCGCAGGAGGCGUACCAUACGGCGACGGGUUUAUAAUGUUCAGACACCAAAUCAGUUAUGGCAUUUUGAUGGCAACCAUAAGCUUGUGAGAUGGCGGAUGGUUUUUCACGGCUGUGUGGACAGCUACAGUCUAACUAUUAUAUAUAUAAAAUGCUAUAACAACAAUAGAGCCUCUACUGUAUUGUCCCUGUUUGUAAUGGGCRCUCGUAAUUUUGGUUUGCCUUCAAGAGUAAGGUGUGAUCAUGGAAUGGAAAACACACUCGUGGCUCGUUUUAUGUUGGAAAGAAGGGGGCUCAACAGACGUAGUGUCAUUGCAGGCAUGUCUGUACAUAAUCAGCGCAUUGAAAGAUUGUGGGCAGAGCUCAAUAGGGUAGUCUCCAACCAUUUCAUAAAUCUUUUUAAUUUCAUGGAGCAGCAUGGCAUCCUUGACUCUUUAAAUGAGAUUCAUCUAUUUUGCCUUCAUUUUGUCUAUGUGCCAAGAAUUUAAAGAGCCACAUUAGAGUUUCAAAACCAGUGRAAUAACCACAGACUCUCCACAAUGAAUGGGCGGACACCACUUCAGUUGUGGCAUUCAGGUGUUGUAAACCACAUUGCACAACAAAAUACAGCUGUAGAUUCUAUUUUUGACCUUGAUGAAAAUUUUGGUGUUGGCAAUGAUGGGCCUUUACCUGGUAUUCAGACCAAUAAUAAUAUUAUUAUUCCAGAUAUUGCUGUAGGAAUAAAUGACACAACAGUUAAUUUGAUGAAGCAAAAUUUCAAUCCUCUGCAAAAUGAUGGAAAUUAUGGGAUUUAUUUAUUUAACU